CCACAUAUAAGCUUGCCCGCGAGAUUUGCAAAUGCUGAACAACACUCCUCAAAACAGAUCGAUGUUUGAUUCUCGACCAUACUAGCGCUGUCCAUCUAUUCUUUUCGUGAGAGACUGCUCGAGCAUUCAAGUAUAUAUGCCUCGCAUCGUGACCCUCACUGCGAUUUUCGCUGUCUUCAUUUCCAUCAUCAUCUUCAACACCCAGCUCAAGAGCUUCUUCACAGACAUCACUUCUCAACUCACCACAAACAACACAACAAAGAGUAGCACAGCGCUGUCUUCACCCGCUCAAGACAACUCACCCGACUCUUCUAUGCUCAACGCAGUAAAGAACAACAUGUCAAAGACCCUCCACCACGCAAAGAUCACGCCGCACCGCAGCGGCACCCGCGGCCACUCGGACCACGGCUGGCUCAACACCUACCACAGCUUCUCCUUCGCAAACUGGUACGACCCGCGCUUCAACAACUUCGGCAGCCUGCGCGUCCUCAACGAGGACCGCGUGAAGGCCAACUCGGGCUUCCCCACGCACCCGCACCGCGACUUUGAAAUCUUCAGCUACAUCCUCUCGGGCGAGCUCACGCACCGCGACUCGAUGCUGACAAAGGGCGCCGAGGGCGGGCAGAGCGACAAGUUUUACCGCAUGCACCGCGGCGACGUCCAGUUCACCACGGGCGGCACCGGCAUCGCGCACUCCGAGUUCAACGAGCACCACAAGGACACGGUGCAUUUCUUGCAGAUCUGGGCCGUCCCUUGGAAGAGGGGUCUCCCGCCUACCUACCACACACGCCAUUUCGCCGACGAGGAUAAGCGCAAGGGUUUUGUGACGAUCUUGUCGCCUCUCAAGGCCGGCCCCGACGCCUCGGCGGCGGAGGAGAAGGCUGCGGAGCCGAGGAUCCCGGAUACGAUCCCUAUCCACGCCGAUUUCGUCAUGGGCGCGGGUAUCAUUGCGCCCGGGACGGACGGUGCCUUUGAGUGGGUUGUCGGCGGCAAGGCGACGGAGCAGACGAAGCGCAAGGUGUUUGUGCACCUGCCCAUGACGAAGAGCGGCAAGGCUAAGAUUAGGAUCGAUGGCCGCGAGGAUGCUGUCUUGUCUGAGGGUGACGGCGCGUUUGUCGACGCGGUCAACGCUGGGGAUAAGUUGAAGGUUGAAAGUAUCGGCGAGGCCGAGGCCGAGGUUGUCGUUUUGGAUACGGCAUAAAGGAAGUUUUGGGCAGAAAAAG